CGUCCCACACUUAAAGCGGAAAUAGAAAGCCUUUCUUUUCUCUAUUUAAGCGCGCCAACAAAGACUGUCACAGGACGCAUAUCUGUACUUUGAUCACUGGACACCACACCACCCGUCUUUGUCUCCCCAUCGUCUCUACUGUCUAACAUGCCAGAGGAAACGUCCGCCGCGUCGAGCUCUGGGAGUAUGGAGGAGAAGCCGUGCUCCUCCUCAUCUUCAUCAGCUGCUGCUGCUGCAGACAGCUCGGUUGAUGUCGCGGAGGAGGCAAAGAAGCUGAUUGGUACAGGAAACAGGCAUCUGGUGAUGGGAGAUGUUGUUUCUGCUGUCAGUGUCUUCCAGGACGCCUGUGGCAUGCUGGCUGCAAAGUACGGGGACACUGCAGAUGAGUGUGGUGAGGCCUUCUUCCUCUGUGGGAAGUCCCUACUGGAGCUUGCCAGGAUGGAGAGCAGUGUCCUUGGUAAUGCCCUGGAGGGAGUCCCAGAAGAAUCUGAGGAAGACGAGCAGCCCAAUGGCUCGAAUAUUGAGAGUGCCAACAAUCUUGAUGAAAAAACUAGAGAUGAGCUACGAAGGCAGGUGUAUGAUGCAAUGGCGGAGAAGGAAAAGAAUGAGGCGGUUGACACCAAGCUGGAGUCUGAGGAUGGAAAGGGCAACACUGAGUCCUCAGGCAAACAUGUGAAUGGAUCAGGGGAGCCCUCAAGUUCCCCUAUAAGUGGUAAAGCAACAAGUUCAGUCCAGAAAGCUAAAGUGAAUGGAGUUGAGAAGAGUCAAGUUGCUCCUGUGAACGGUGUGGAGGAAAGUCCUGCUGCGUCUCCCGUAAAAGAAGCCACGAUGGAGAAGGUAAAGGAUUCAAAAGAGCAGAAUGGCAAGAAGACCGACUCCAAGCCAGAGGCUGAACAGGACGAUGAGGAACCAGAGGAGGAUGAUGAUGAUGACGAUGAUGAUGAUGACGACGAUGAGGAUGGAGAGAAAAAUGGACAGGAUAAGGAAGAGGAUGAAGUUGGGAAUUUGCAGUUGGCGUGGGAGAUGCUGGAGGUGGCUAAAUUCAUCUACAAAAGAAAGGAAGGCAAAGAAGACCAACUGAUGGCAGCCCAGGCAUAUCUGAAACUCGGAGAAGUCAGUGCUGAAUCAGGUAACUAUCCCCAGGCGCUAGAAGACUUCCAGGAGUGUCUUGCCCUGCAGCUGAAGCACUUGCCUCCCCACAGUCGCCUGCUGGCUGAGACCCACUACCAUGUUGCCACUACACUGUGCUACAUGGAUCAGUACAGCCAGGCCAUCCAGCAUUACAACAGCUCCAUAAAAGUCAUCGAGGCCCGUUUGGCCAUGUUGCAGGAGGCGAUUGACGCAGCAGAUGGGGCUGCAGAAGAGAAGAAUGAGAUGGACGAGCUGAAGCAGCUUCUGCCAGACAUCAGGGAAAAGGUUGAGGAUGCCAAGGAAAGCCAGAGAACAGGCAGCGCUGCCUCUCAGGCCAUCCAGCAGACACUAGGCGGAGCCUCAACCUCAUCAGCAUUCCUAUGUGAAAAUGGCGGCCCUUCAUCAUCUUCUGCAUUUGCAACAGCCAGCCAGAUCCCAGUUAAAUCAUCUAACAGCGCCUCGUCUUCCAAAGCCGUCUCCAACAUCUCCCACCUUGUCAGGAAAAAGUUUUAUGUUUCUGCACAGAGGAAACCAGAGGACGAGAGCCCAGUAAAGGACACUGAUGCUAAACAAGCGAAACAGGAAGCCACAGUUAAUGGUGCUGACUCUAGUGCCAGCAAUGGAUUCCAGGAGGGAAAAUCACAGGAGUCUGCCACCCAGUCGUCCUCUGUCGGGUCUUCGGCGUGACCGUCCUUGUCUCUUCCCUGAUCUUCGAAAACCAGCACAGCAUGCCUGUCCAGCCCCCUUCAACACUUUUGUUUCUGUAAAUAAGAUCCAUUUUCAUAGAUUUGUCUGUCCAGUUUUGUAAACUUGUAGUAAAUAAGAAUAAAAAAUUUGCAGAUGUAA